AUGCGUAGAACGAAUUCAUCCGCUCAUAUAUAAGCGCAUCAGGCAGCGGCGAUUUUCAAAUUGUUUCGAGUUUUUCGAUUAGUGCGAUAAACAGAAAAUUACCACAAAAUGUCUUUUAUACCGAUUUUGGUGCGUGAUAUGAUGCGACCUCUCAGGAUGAUGGAAAAUCAAAUGCGAAUGAUAGAAGACGAGUUGUUUCGACCAUCAUCAGCAAUUUGGGCCAAUAGACCAAGGUAUGCCUUAAAAUAUCCGGAUCAGUCGUCGGAUUUGGCCGUAACUCAAGACAAACAAAAGUUCCAAGUCAGGUUAGACGUUGAAAAUUUUAAGCCGGACGAGAUAAAAGUGAAAACUGUGAACGACAACGUCAUAGAAAUCGAAGCGAAACACGAGGAGAAAAAAGACGACCACGGUUUUAUUUCGAGACACUUCGUGAGAAGAUUCGUGCUACCCAAAGGGCAUAAUUUAAAGGAAGUGGUCUCUAGUUUGUCCGAGGACGGAAUUCUCACUGUUACAGCGCCCAAGCAGAAUCCCGAAAUUCAGCAAGAAAAAGCGAUUCCAGUCGAACACAUUUCUGACAAGUAAAGUUUUACGACUCUUAUUAUUUUGUUCGAGCCAUCUCGAUUUAUUAGACUGAUUAUUUUGUAGUUAUCAAGAAUCUUGUAAAUGCCGGUAUUUUUCUUAUGUAAGGCAUUGAUAGAUUUUGUAAAUGUUUUUUUUUAUGCUAAUAAAUACUGCUGAAUAAAAAUCGAACCUUUUA